UACUCCGUGUUCUCUACCUCCGAUCACACAUCUUUGCCGGGCUGAUUUCGCAUGGUUUUGAGAUCUCGCCACACAUAAUUCACGGCUUGCAUCAUGGGCGCCCCUAACGAUUCUUCCACAAAUGGCCUCGCCGGCUCGCUGGCGGCCAAAACCGACAUUCCCUCUCACUUCAUUGGCGGUAACCACUUGGACGCUGCACCCCCGAGUAUCGUCAAGGACUUUGUCGCUCAACACAACGGUCACUCCGUUAUCAGUUCGGUUCUCAUUGCCAACAACGGUAUUGCGGCCGUCAAGGAGAUCCGCUCCGUCCGAAAAUGGGCCUACGAGACGUUCGGCGACGAGCGUGCCAUUCAGUUCACGGUCAUGGCUACGCCGGAAGAUCUGCACGCCAACGCGGACUACAUCCGGAUGGCGGAUAAAUAUGUUGAGGUUCCCGGUGGGACGAAUAACAACAACUAUGCCAACGUCGAGCUGAUCGUCGAUGUCGCCGAACGAAUGGACGUGCACGCCGUUUGGGCCGGUUGGGGCCAUGCCUCCGAAAACCCCCGCCUUCCCGAGUCGCUGGCGGCUUCGCCGAAGAAGAUCAUCUUCAUUGGCCCCCCGGCCUCCGCCAUGCGUUCGCUGGGUGACAAGAUUUCCUCCACGAUUGUCGCGCAACACGCCGGGGUGCCCUGCAUCCCGUGGUCCGGCACUGGCGUUGAGGAGGUCACGGUCGAUAACAAUGGGAUCGUCACCGUCACAGACGAUGUCUACAACAAGGGGUGCACUUUCUCUCCCCAGGAGGGUUUGCAGAAGGCCAAGGAGAUCGGGUUCCCCGUCAUGGUCAAGGCGUCCGAAGGUGGCGGCGGUAAGGGUAUUCGCAAGGUCGACAAGGAGGAGGACUUCAUCUCCCUGUACAACGCCGCCGCUGCGGAGAUCCCUGGUUCGCCUAUCUUCAUCAUGAAACUCGCAGGGAAUGCCCGUCAUUUGGAAGUGCAGCUGCUGGCGGACCAGUACGGAAACAACAUCUCCCUGUUUGGUCGCGACUGCUCCGUGCAACGACGUCACCAGAAGAUCAUCGAAGAGGCGCCCGUGACCAUCGCGAAGCCGCCCACCUUCCAGGCGAUGGAGAAGGCCGCCGUCAGCCUGGGUCGCCUGGUCGGUUACGUCUCCGCGGGUACCGUCGAGUACCUCUACUCGCACGCCGACGACAAGUUCUACUUCCUGGAGCUGAACCCCCGUCUCCAGGUCGAGCACCCGACCACCGAAAUGGUGUCCGGCGUCAACCUGCCCGCGGCGCAGCUCCAGAUCGCCAUGGGUAUUCCCCUCCACCGCAUCCGGGACAUUCGCCUGCUCUACGGUGUUGACCCCAACACCACCUCGGACCUCGAUUUUGACUUUUCGAGCGAGGAGAGCUUCCAGACCCAGCGUCGCCCGCAGCCCAAGGGGCACACCACCGCGUGCCGCAUCACCUCGGAGGACCCCGGUGAGGGGUUCAAGCCGUCCAGCGGCACCAUGCACGAGCUGAACUUCCGGAGUUCGUCCAACGUCUGGGGUUACUUCUCCGUCGGUACUUCGGGUGGCAUCCACAGCUUCUCGGACAGUCAGUUCGGUCACAUCUUCGCAUACGGUGAAAACCGUUCGGCGUCGCGCAAGCACAUGGUCAUCGCCCUCAAGGAAUUGAGCAUCCGCGGUGAUUUCCGAACGACCGUCGAGUAUCUGAUCAAGCUGCUGGAGACGCCCGCGUUCGAGGAUAACACCAUCACGACCGGGUGGCUGGACCAGCUGAUCACGAACAAGCUGACUGCGGAGCGCCCCGAUCCCAUCGUCGCGGUUCUGUGCGGUGCCGUCACCAAGGCGCACCAGGCCAGUGAAGCCGGCGUGGAGGAGUACCGCAAGGGGCUGGAGAAGGGUCAGGUACCCUCUAAGGAUGUCCUCAAGACCGUCUUCCCCGUGGACUUCAUCUACGAAGGCGCUCGGUACAAAUUCACCGCCACGCGCGCGAGCCACGACAGCUACCACGUCUUCAUCAACGGAUCCAAGUGCUCGGUGGGCGUGCGUGCCCUGGCCGACGGCGGCCUCCUGGUCCUGCUGGCCGGUCGCAGCCACAACGUUUACUGGAAGGAGGAGCCGGCCGCGACGCGCAUCAGUGUCGACGGCAAGACCUGCCUGCUGGAGCAGGAGAACGACCCGACGCAGCUCCGUUCCCCGUCCCCCGGUAAGCUCGUCAAGUUCACCGUCGAGAGCGGCGAACACGUGCGCGCGGGCCAGCCCUUCGCCGAAGUCGAGGUGAUGAAGAUGUACAUGCCUCUGAUCGCCCAGGAGGACGGUAUCGUCCAGCUGAUCAAGCAGCCCGGCGCGACCCUCGAGGCCGGCGACAUCCUCGGCAUUCUGGCCCUGGACGACCCCUCGCGCGUGAAGCACGCCCAGCCGUUUACCGGCCAGCUGCCCGAGUUGGGCCCCCCUCAGGUGGUGGGCAGCAAGCCGCCCCAGCGCUUCUUCCUCCUGCACAGUAUCCUGGAGAACAUCCUGCGUGGGUACGACAACCAGGUGAUCAUGGCGGCCACGCUGAAGGAGCUGGUGGAGGUCCUCCGGAACCCGGAACUUCCCUAUGGCGAGUGGAACGCCCAGUCGUCUGCCUUGCACUCCCGCAUGCCGCAAAAGCUGGAUGCCCAGCUUGAGAGCGUCGUCGAGCGCGCCAAGUCGCGCAAGGCCGAAUUCCCCGCCAAGCAGCUGCAGAAGACCAUUGCGCGGUUCAUCGAGGAGAACGUCAACCCCGCCGACGCGGAGAUCCUGAAGACCACGCUGCUGCCUUUGCUGUUCGUGAUCAACAAGUACAUGGACGGGCUGAAGGCCCACGAGUUUGGCGUCUUCAGCGGUCUGCUCGAGCAGUACUACAAUGUCGAGAAGCUCUUCGCGUACCGCAACAUUCGCGACGAAGAUGCCAUCCUGAAGCUCCGCGAGGAGCACAAGGACGACAUCCUCGGCAUCGUCCACACGGUUCUGUCUCACAGCCGCAUUGGCGCCAAGAACAACCUCAUCCUGGCUAUCCUGGCCAUGUACCGUCCCAACCAGCCGGGUGUUGGUAACGUGGGCAAGUACUUCAAGCCUAUCCUCCAGAAGCUGACGGAGCUUGAAUCCCGCUCGUCCGCCAAGGUCACACUCAAGGCCCGUGAGGUCCUGAUCCAGUGCGCCCUGCCGUCGAUGGAGGAGCGCGUGGCUCAGAUGGAGCUGAUCUUGCGCUCCGCAGUCGUGGAGUCGCGGUACGGUGAGACGGGCUUCGAGCACCGGGAGCCCGAGUUCUCGGUGCUGAAGGAGGUGGUGGACUCCAAGUAUACGGUGUUCGACGUUCUGCCUCGCUUCUUUGUUCACCAGGAUGUCUGGGUCACGCUGGCCGCUCUUGAGGUGUAUGUGCGCCGUGCCUACCGUGCCUACACCCUGCAGGACAUCAAUUACACCGCGACGGGCGAGUUCCCGCUGCUGUGCUGGGACUUCACGCUGAGCAAGAUCGGACAGCCUGAGUACGGCCCGGUCUCUUCCGCGCAUCCGUCCACCCCCAACACCCCGACUGCCGAGGCCAGCAACCCUUUCAAGCGGAUGAACUCCUUCAGCGAGCUGUCUCACCUGGUCAACGACAGCACGGGUGACCCCGUGCGGAAGGGUGUCAUUGUCCCCAUCCAGUAUCUGGAGGAUGCCGACGAGGCCCUGACCCGCGCCCUGGAGGGCUUCCCCGUUGCCAAGUCUAAGAAGGGCAGUGACCACACCCUCCUUGCUAACCUGGAGGGCAAGCGACGACCGGCGCCCAAGGUCGAGAACGACGACGAGCUGACUGGCGUUCUGAACGUCGCAAUUCGCGACGUCGAAGAUCUCGACGAUGCGCAGAUCGUCAAGCAAGCCACCGCGUUGAUCGAAACCUUCAAGAGUGAGCUCCUUGCUCGCCGUGUCCGCCGCGUGACCUUCAUCUGCAGCAAGAACGGAAUCUACCCCGGCUACUACACCUUCCGUGGUCCCACCUACGAGGAGGACGAGAGCAUCCGUCACAGCGAGCCGGCCCUGGCGUUCCAGCUGGAGCUUGGACGUCUGUCCAAGUUCAAGAUCACCCCCGUGUUCACCGAAAACCGCAACAUCCACGUCUACGAGGCUAUCGGUAAGGGUCCGGAGAACGACAAGGCGGUGGAUAAGCGGUACUUCGUGCGGGCUGUCGUCCGUCCCGGUCGCCUGCGUGAUGAUAUCCCGACGGCCGAGUACCUCAUCUCCGAAGCCGACCGUCUCAUGACCGAUAUCCUGGAUGCGCUGGAGAUCAUUGGAAACAACAACUCCGAUUUGAACCACAUCUUCAUCAACUUCUCUCCCGUUUUCAACCUCCAGCCCCAUGACGUGGAGCAGGCCCUGGCCGGUUUCUUGGACCGCUUUGGUCGCCGCCUGUGGCGUUUGCGUGUCACCGGCGCUGAGAUCCGUAUUUUGUGCACCGACCCGGCCACUGGCAUGCCCUAUCCUCUGCGUGUCAUCAUCACCAACACGUACGGUUUCAUUAUCCAGGUGGAGCUCUACGUGGAGAAGAAAACCGAGAAGGGUGAAUGGAUCUUCCAAAGCAUCGGCGGCAGCAACAAGCUCGGCUCGAUGCACUUGCGCCCUGUCACGACGCCCUACCCUACCAAGGAGUGGCUGCAGCCGAAGCGUUACAAGGCCCACAUCAUGGGUACCCAGUACGUGUACGAUUUCCCCGAGCUGUUCCGCCAGGCGUUCCAGAACAGCUGGUCCAAGUCGCUGGAGCAGAUCCCGUCGUUGAUCGAUCAGCGUCCCCCUGUUGGCGAGUGCAUCGACUACAGCGAACUGGUCCUGGAUGAUACCGACAAUCUGGUCGAGAUCUCUCGUGGCCCCGGCACCAACACUCACGGCAUGGUUGGUUGGAUCGUCACUGCCCGUACGCCCGAGUACCCUCGCGGCCGACGUUUCAUCAUUGUCGCCAACGACAUCACCUUCCAGAUCGGUUCGUUCGGUCCGCUGGAGGACAAGUUCUUCAACAAGUGUACGGAGCUGGCGCGCAAGCUUGGCAUUCCCCGCAUCUACCUCUCUGCCAACUCUGGUGCUCGUAUUGGAAUGGCUGACGAGCUCCUUCCGCUCUUCUCCGUUGCCUGGAACGAUCCGGGCAGGCCCGAGGCUGGGUUCAAGUACCUCUACCUGACUCCCGAGGUGAAGAAGAAGCUUGAUGCCAGCAAGAAGAAGGAGGUGAUUACGGAGCCGAUCACUGAGGAUGGCGAAGAGCGCCACAAGAUCACCACCGUGAUCGGUGCCAAGGAUGGUCUGGGUGUUGAGUGUCUGAAGGGCUCGGGUCUCAUCGCUGGUGCCACCUCCAAGGCGUACGAGGACAUCUUCACCAUCACCCUGGUCACUUGCCGUUCCGUUGGUAUUGGUGCGUACCUUGUCCGUCUUGGUCAGCGGUCCAUCCAGGUCGAGGGCCAGCCGAUCAUCCUGACCGGCGCUCCGGCUAUCAACAAGCUGCUGGGCAGAGAGGUCUACACCUCCAACCUGCAGCUCGGUGGCACGCAGAUCAUGUACAGGAACGGUGUCUCGCACAUGACCGCCAACGACGACUUCGACGGUGUCCAGAAGAUCGUCGAGUGGAUGUCCUUCGUGCCCGACAAGAAGGGCGCCCCCAUCCCCAUCCGUCCGUGGUCCGACAACUGGGACCGGGAUGUGGCCUACUACCCGCCCAGCAAGCAAGGCUACGACCCUCGCCACCUCAUCGCCGGCGCGCAAGACGAAGAAGGCUUCCUCCCCGGUCUCUUCGACGUGGGAUCCUUCGAAGAGGCCCUGGGCGGAUGGGCCCGAACCGUCGUCGUCGGUCGUGCCCGCCUGGGUGGCAUCCCCAUGGGUGUCAUCGCCGUCGAGACCCGCACCGUCGACAACGUCACUCCUGCGGAUCCGGCCAACCCUGACUCUUCUGAAGUCGUCAACACCGAGGCUGGCGGUGUGUGGUACCCUAACUCGGCCUUCAAGACCGCCCAGGCGCUCCGUGAUUUCAACAACGGCGAGCAGCUUCCCGUCAUGAUCCUGGCCAACUGGAGAGGUUUCUCUGGCGGUCAACGUGACAUGUUCCAGGAGGUCCUCAAGUAUGGUUCUUACAUUGUUGAUGCGCUUGUCAAGUAUGAGCAGCCGAUCUUUGUCUAUAUUCCGCCUUAUGGUGAACUGCGUGGUGGCUCUUGGGUUGUCGUCGACCCCACGAUCAACCCCGAUCAGAUGGAAAUGUACGCCGAUGACGAAGCCCGCGGUGGUGUCCUCGAGCCCGAGGGUAUCGUCAACAUCAAGUACCGCCGAGAGAAACAGCUCGACACCAUGGCCCGCCUGGAUCCGGAGUACGGCGAGCUUCGCCGCGCCCUGGCAGACCAGUCUCUCCCCAAGGAGAAGCUCACCGACAUCAAGAUCAAGAUGGCCGCUCGCGAGGAGCGCCUCCUCCCGGUCUACAUGCAGAUCGCGCUCCAAUUCGCCGACCUCCACGACCGCCCCGGCCGCAUGAAAGCCAAGGACACCAUCCGCCAGGCCAUCAGCUGGAAGAACGCCCGUCGCUUCUUCUACUGGCGUCUGCGCCGCCGUCUCAGUGAAGAAGUCAUCGUCAAGCGCAUGGUCGCCGCGGAGGCAAACCCCGCCGCUACCCACGACCGCAGCGGCGCCGUCCCCGCCGCCAACCCGGACUCCCUGCCCCCUGCGCCUGAGUCCACGCGCAAGACCCACCUCCGCACCCUCCACUCCUGGACUGGCCUCCUCGACGACGAGCUCGAAAACGAGGACCAGCGCGUCGCCAUGUGGUACGAGGAGAACAAGAAGAUCAUCCAGGCGAAGGUCGACUCGCUCAAGUCUGACAGUGUCGCUUCUGAGAUCGCACGCCUGCUUAUCGGGAACAAGGAGGGUGGUCUCCGGGGUGUGCAGCAGGUGCUGGGUAUGCUUCCUGUUGAGGAGAGGGAGGCUGUGUUUAAGUAUCUUGCUUCGGCUUGAGCUUGAUUGAAUGAAUUCUAUAGAUAGACCUAUAACUACUAUGCAUACUCAGUAUGUUAUGUAUGUCGUUUUUGUCUGAUUUUGUUGUGUGGGAGUUGGGGAAACAAACAUGUUCAUGUUAGAUAUCUAUUUUUAUUUUUAUU